GUUAGCCUAUCUUCCAGUAAACGACCAGCAUGACACCAUGACAACCACCCGAUAUUAUUGAUAGUUUCCUUUAUUUUCCUGCAAUCAAUCUCAACAACACUUUACAAGAUGUCUCUUAAAUAUAUGACAAACGUUAAAACAAAUUGGAUAAAGGCCCGAGAUGUUCACACGGCAUGUUUCAUCGGAAGGGAAGCACUGGCAGUUGGUAUGGGAAGCCACAUUCUCCUUAUGAACGUAAUCAGCAAGCAGGAAACAUUCUACCGGGCAACGGAACGAAGCAAUGGCGAAGGGGUUUCCUGUCUGGCGGGCCACAAGACAUUCUCUAUUUUUGCCUUUGCCGAAGCUUGUGUGCUUCCACGUAUUUUCAUCGUCGCCUAUCCGGAUAAUUCGAUUCUGUUUGUACUGGAAGGGGAUGGGAAAGCGCGCAGCUAUGUGUCACUCUGCUUUUCGGAAGGUGAAUACCUGCUAGCGAUGAGCGGCGUUCCGGACUACAGCGUCGAAGUUUACGUCUGGCGAAACAAGGAGAUGGUCGUCAAAAGGCAAACCGAUACCAAAACGGAUAAACAGUUGCUCAUGUGCAGUCCAGCGUCCACAAUAACAGUUUGCCAGUUGGCAUACAACCAGGCUCAGGUUACCCUAUGGGAGAUCCAUGGAAAUGUUCGUAUCACUAGGCUCAUCGAGAAAAAUGUUAAACUUCCCUUCGGGAAGGAAGCUGCUCCGCUGGAUGGUACUUUCUCCAUCGACGGAACGCUGAUGAUCAUCAACAAAUGGGGAAGUGUGUACAGUUUUUCAGCGACAUCGGGUCAACUGCACCAGAUUAUCAAGCCCAUAGAAGAACCGAACCUUUUGCCUCCCCUCAUAUUCUACUGCAAAGGUGGACUGUUUCUGAGUGACCCGUCCGGAGGUGUAAGCUACUACAAGCGUCAAAAAGGAGUCUGGAAUCAGCUGUGGGUAACUAAACCUCCGCAAGCAUACUCGCGCUUGAUGAUCUACUCGGCCAGCGAAGGUCUUUAUGGAACUUCGAUGAAUGGUAACCUCGUUAGAACUGUGGUUGAUAACGAUAUCCGAAAUGUGGAAUUUAUCACAGUACGAGAAUUCGACUGUCAGUUGUCAUACUUUGUUCUACUAAGACCAUUAGGAGAGAUAUUAAUUGCAUGUAAAGCGUCUGAUAAUUUAAUAGCUAUUGAAGUAAAGAGCGGCAAUAGAAUAGCCGAGUACAAUACUCCUAACGUCAAAUGCGUUGUUGAAAAUCCAGUUUACCCAUUCGUGGCCAUUGGAACAUUAGACGGAAUAGUUUCUCUGAUAUCUUUUUUCAAUCCAACUGAGCCUUGUGAGCUCACUAGCUUUCAUCUGAGUCACGCUGCCAUCAAAUUCAUUCUGUUCUGCUCCGAUGGAUCUCACUUGGCUGCAUUUGAUGAGAAAAUGAAUGUAUUUUUCAUCAAAGGCCUUCCCGGCAAUACCAUGAAUAUCGUUCAUCAUUAUGAAGCCCCGGAAAAUUUACUUCAAUUCACUUUCGAUGUCAAUGAAAAUGUCAUGUCGAUUGUUGGCAGUCUAUCUGAAAAUGAGCUGGAACCAACAUCUGAUAUAAUAAGAAUAUCGAUUUCUUUGAGUGAUGGUACCCGUCGAGAAGAGAAAGGCAUAACAUCUAAACAAUACUCUCAGCUAGAAUACAAAAUGAAUGGAUCUGGACGAUUGUAUGGCAUCUGCCUUCUGUCGAAUGAAAUUGAUGUAAUAGAACUGGAAGGUGACUCAACGGGACGGCUAUCAAUCCAAAUUUGUUCAACUAUCAAAGUUAAGCAUCAGGUACCACAGUUUCAAAUUUUCGUCGAUCAAUUUCAUCUCAUCACGUGGAGUAUCGACGGCUUGGUGACAAUCUACGAUGCGACAUCAGAUAAGCUAUUAGCCUACUUUUUGGCGCAUGAUCGAACAAGGCUAGGUGUUAGGCUUGCCAAAUGCGACCCUUCACAUCAAUAUAUAAUCACGCUUGGUCAUACGGGAUGUCUGGUGUGCACUAAACAACAUCGUAGCGCAUCGACUGCCCAGAGAUGUGAGGACUUAAAACGGAGCCUCGAAACCGACGACGUUAUUGCAAUGUUUCAGAAUCCUACCACUGGUUUUGUCCCAAAAGGAUUUACCUUCACUCGGUGGAUUGACAUGGAACGUAUCAGUAAGCUGGAGAGCGAAAAAUUGCAAUUCAAACAGGAGCGUUUGCAAAUAAUGAAGGAUUUCAAGGCAGUCAAAAGCAAACUGAGGAAACUCCUGGAUGCAAAUGAUGUUGCAACUGAUGAGCAGCGACUUCCCGUACAAGCGUUCAACUUGAAUGAAUCAACCACAGAAGAACUGAAAGAGAGGGCAAAACUCGAACGAGAAGAGGAACACAACAAACUGCUAAGCUUCAUAAAAAGUCAGGAGAAAAUCAACGCAAUGAUAAUUCAAAAAUGUUGGAACAUCAUGGAACGUAAACCAGUCAAAGUGCGAUCCAUCUUCACAAAGCUAGCCGUGGAAAAUUAUCCCUCGCUACCGAACGAACGCGAUCACGAGUUUUUAGCAAAGAUGGCUGUGUAUCGCGAAACAGAACUCAUGGCCAGCCAUGAUGCCCUGUUGCCCUGGAAACCAACGCCAACCUAUCAGCUGGAAUCCAUACUGAACCGUGAUCCAGACUAUGGUAACGUGAUCGACGUUUUAUCCCGGGCUGCACAGAAGAAAUAUACCACUCUGACUGGGACUACGACACAUUUGUACGUGGAACCGAUGCCGUUACGCUUCGAGCAGCUGGAAGUGGUCACAUUUGAGCAGCUUUACUUUGAAAAAGUUUAUGGAAAUAUACAAAUGUUGCAGCUUCGAGAUUACUUCAACAAAAAAUUUGAUGAGUUGAAAACCCUAAAAGAUACCGAAAUGAACAUGGUUCUCAAGAGAAACGCUCGCCUACGUGUUAUUCAGAGCGAGUUGGCCAUCAUUUCUAAGCUUUUGGAAAUGCCUCCGGCGCAACAGGAAGCGAUUGUCGAUCCUAGAUUUGAACCGGACGAGAUCCCAGAUACCAUUGUCAAAACGGAAGAUCAUGAAAUUUCGGUGGCACCUUACCUGACUCCCAGCAUGGAAUGUCUUCUAGCACGGGAAAAAGCGGAAAAGGAAAGAAGGCAGAUGGAACUGAUGGCAGAUGAUUUCAAGGAUCGUGCAUUGAUGGUGAUGAUGGAUGGGGUUCUCGAACACCGUUGGGAAGAUGAAAUCAAGAAAACGCCUCCGGUCCCUCAUUGUCUGGAAACUGGAAAAGAUGCUCAAUACUUCAAUGAGACAGAUCUGCGCGAAGUCAAGGAAUACGAAGAGCAAAUCGAAUUCCUGUACAAAGAACGUACGCGGUAUAAGAAGAUUCUUGAAACAGAGAAAGCACAAAUUGUCGAAAGCUUGGAAGAUCAAAUCAAAAAGUUCAAUACCAAAGUUGGAAUAUGUCUGUUGGAGAAAAUCCGAAUCGAAGCAGCAAUCAGGGAGGAAGAAAUGCGAAUCCUCCGGAACACAUUUUACAAUCAUCAACGACUGGUUUACGAUCGUAUUGCAAACACGUUGCGGGAAGAAAUUGACUCUAGAGCUAAACACAUUGACGCACUGACUGAAACAAUGUGUGAACUUCAGGAUAAGGUCAACGACUAUAAAAAUACAUAUGAAUCACUCAGCAUGAAGGAUCGACUACUGGACAAGCAAUUUAAGAUAAACUUUUCAGAUACGGCACAAUCAGCGAUAGUUGAUCAAGCUUAUAAAAUAUUCAAAAAGCGUCCGAAGGCUCAAUUGCGAGCGGUAGUUACCGUAUCGAUAUUCCAAGACCUUGCCAAACGGAUCACCGCCAAAAAAGCUUCACAGCCAAGCAACAUUCUGUUGCCGCAAGAAUGUGUGGAUUAUCUAGCUGCUUGUGACAGUUUAGACCAGACCUCGAACAGCCCUGCCGGAAUGGACACCAAUCUGUGGCAAACGCUUUGCAAAAUGAGACGCAUUAAGAUGGAGAGUGAAUUUCGGCUUAAAAGUUGUGAAAUUCAACUGGCCGACUCUGAAGCUGCUUUGAAUGCGUUUCAGAAGGAAAUAACUUCAAAGCGAAAUUCAUUAUCAGCUAUUGAAUCUAAACUUCAAGAUUUGCUGAACAAAAAGUUCGAAGAUUCCACCAACCGAAAUGUGCAAAUUGUGAUGAAACGAGGCCUCAUCGAAGUCCCCAUUUCCGGAAAGAUGACUGAUUUUAACAAUUGCAUACUGAUCCAUCGAACGGAUGUGGAUGAUAUCAACGUCAUAAUAAAGCAAGCCGGAUCAAAGAAACUCAAAGCCAUGGUGAACGCUGCCCAAUUCAGGAGGAAAAUCAUCGCCCAAGAGUGGGAACAUAGGGCACUUAAGUUGAAAAUUCGCGAUAUGAAAGACCAGGUGAAAAUGAUUGAAAAGUGCAAGAUAACGAAAGAAGUCCAAGAUUGGCUGAAGCGGAAGGAAAUGGGCGUCGUUGAGGAUCUAGGGCAGCUGGCACUGGAGAAGGAAAUUGAGAAUACUAUCUUUGCUCAAGAGAAAAUGCUACAGGAAGUGAAAAAAUCUGUCGAAGAGUUGGAAGAGAAAAUCAACGUCAAGCGCAAAGAGAAUAAGCUACUGGAUAAGCAAACACAAGACUUGAAUGUGGAUGUCACCGAGCAACAUCUGCAAAAGGAUUCCGAAAUGGAAGAAAUCGAGCAAAAGGCGGCUCAGGCACGGAUGACAGCAAUAGUGGAUCGUGCCCGAUGGGUACGGCUCGUACAGGCUCAACAUGCGCAAAUAUUGGAACUCGGAACAAUGCUUGAGCUGCAGCGGCUAAAGACAUAUCCUACAUUGACCGCACCUUCUGUGCUAGUUGAUGUUCGUCAUAUAAAAUGAAAAUGAAAAAAAUAUUGUCAGGUGAAUUAGUUUAAGUUUGAUGAAUAUUAAAACCGCAUUUAGUAUUUCAACUACAACCUUGCCGAUAAUUGUUUGCAGAACAAAUCAAUCAUUUCGUAGGACGAAACACGCAGUGGCUUCUGGGCCCAUAAUCUGUUACAAUUUGAAAAAAUCUACACUCUAAAAAGUGUACAUAAUUCCAAUUAGGAAUCAAAUGCAAGCAUGAUCACAUCGGAGGUCAGGUCGAAGUCUGCAGUACUAUAUAAAAAAUACUUUUUAGUUCGUCGGCAUCAUCUUCUUCAUUCGAAUCGCAUUUAUUUACACAUUUCACCUACAUAGAUUAAAAACAUCAUUCGAUGGCACU